UUAUUUUUUGCCCUCAAAAGCAGGGUCUCGUUCUAUCCAUCCAUAAUACUAUGAUAGUCUUAUAGACCUUUCGUACACAACACACGCAACACAUACACACAUUAACAAGAGAGAGAGAGAAGAAGGGUAGAAGAAAGGAGAAGAGGCGGGGUGGGGGUGUGUUUGGUUCGAUUGGUCUUGGUGGUGGGGGUCUGUUCAGUUUGGGCACUUUGCUCGUUUCCCUCUUUUUUUGUUUGUUGCCUCCACCUCUAAUCUCUCUCUCUCUCUCUCUCUCGUUUUUUUGGCUGCUCCAGUCGGUCGGUCGAGUCUCGAGCCCAAACGGAAACUUAAUUUGUCCUCCUCUUAAUCGCAGCCUUCGAAUCCUGUAAUCUCCUCCACAUUUGUCACGGCUACUUGGGAAAAAUCGAAAAUUUCAAAAAUAAAAUGCCACGAAGGACGCAGAGGGCACCGUCGAAAGCGAAAUCAAGGUUCCUUUUUCUUUAAUGGAGUUCAAGGAUUCGAGCACCAGCACCAACGAUGUGAAGCCAGAGAUCCGUCCGGUGCUCUUCGGCAUCGAUCUCAACGAGAUCCCAUCGUCGUCCUCGCUCGAUUCCCCAUCCUCCUCCUCCCAGGACCCGUACGCCGUCGUUCGGGCUUUUAUCGAUGUCCCCCCGCCACCAGCUGGAAUUCUUGCCGAGUUGCCCGGUGAUGUCCGUGGGUCGGCGUGUAGUGCAUGUGGCCGCCCGGAGGUCAGGAACAGCGUUUUCGUCUGUGACGGCUGCGAGCGCGGGUUCCACCUCAGCUGCGCUGGUAUGAGGGGUCGCCAGGCUAUCAUGCUUGAAGACUGGCUUUGUUCUGAUUGUCAGAAGAAUGGAGUGGGGAGUAAGCGGUGGCCUUUGGGAGCCGUUCGUACGGGCCCGAACCGAAGUGGUGUUAGGCUUCUUGACAUCAAUGCUUCGCCGCCGAGCGAUGGGGAUGGCGAGGGAAGCGAGGAGUUGCGGCAGAAUUCUAGAAUGCCUACGAUGUGUGAAAAUUCUCUUACUGGGAUUGCAUUUGGCGCCUCAGCGACAUGUUCUAGCUCAUUGUGUGUGGGGAAUGGAUUUGAUUUACUCAAGGAACCUGGUAUGAUGAUUGAAACAGUCAACUUAGAUUCCAAAGAAGCAAUGCACCAAAGGCUAACUACUACUAAAAGUUUUGAGGAGACAGAUUCGAGCUCCACACUUAAAGGAAGGCUUCGGAGUAACAAUAAUACAACCCUUAGAUUACCACCUCAGAAUACAAAUGAGAUGUUUCUGCAGGCUCUGAGAGAAUUUAUUUUUGAAAAGCAUGGUGUACUUGGAGAAGGCUGGCAUGUUGAACUUAAACAACAUGUAGGUAGGUGUGAUGCCUUUGCAAUUUAUUGUGCUCCAGAUGGCAAGAGAUUUGAGUCAAUGUUGGAUGUUGCCUGUCAUCUUGGGUUGGUGUUGAAAAGCAACUCUGUAGAUGCUGAGGAUAGAGGUGAUGGGUUUACUUCAGUUCAGAAAGGCUUACAUCCACGUAGAAGAAGAAAAGAAUCUGCAAGACUUUCAAGAACGAAUAGUUCUGCAGAAAAUCAAGAUUCUUUGAGAAAUGGCUGUAGUAGGGAUCCCUCAUUUGACAUGGAUAUUGUGGAAACUAUGGCAUACAACUUAGGGAGUAAUGGAAGAAUUACAGAAAAUGGAGCAGGGGGAGAUUGUGGCAGUAUACUUCAGCAACCUAAACCUGAGGAUGGACUUCCGGUUCAGUAUGAAGAUUUCUUUGUUCUCUCAUUGGGUAACAUUGAUGCCCGACCAUCAUAUCAUGACACUAGCAAGAUAUGGACUGUAGGUUAUAAAUCCUCUUGGCAUGACAGGAUUACUGGGUCUCUUUUCACAUGUGAUGUAUUGGAUGGUGGUACCUUUGGACCUAUUUUCAAGGUCAAAAGAUGUCCAUGCUCUGCAUCAGAAAUCCCCACUGGGUCAACAAUCAUCUUGAACACAAGUCUUGGUCGACUUGAUGCUACAGAAAAUAUAGAAACUAAUGCUUCUCCAACUUUUGGCAUGGACUAUGAUGAUGAUUAUGAUAUCCAAUUGAUUCUCGCUGAACUGUGUCUUCCACCUACAGAACAUAACUCUUUGUCAUGCUUUGAAAGUAGUUCAAGUGAAGCUUGUGAUUUUCAAACAAUGAAUAGUUUGCCAUCUCAAUCCAGUUGCCUACUAGAGAGAACUGACAAAUUUGUCACAGAGAAUUCAGGAGUGAGGGAUCAAAUUGGUGAGUUUGUAGUAGAAGGGAGAUCAUCUUCUUCAGUGUGGGGGAUGGUUUCUCAGACUCUUGUUGAUGCUUGCCACAAAGUCUACAAUAAAAAAGGCAGACUUAAUUUUUUAUGUAAUCAUGAUUUAGAUGUGGGUUGUUCAUCAUAUUCUAAUGUUAAAGAUCCAAAAAGUAAAGAUGAUUUUGGUUCAUUAGCCAAAUUUUGCAGUUUGAUGGGGCCUGUUGACAUCCCAUGUGUAAUUCAGAGUGAGACUGACCUUGAGAACUCGUGUAAAGCACUGUCAAGAUGGUUGGACCAGGAUAGAUUUGGACUAGAUAUGGAAUUUGUGCAGGAAAUCAUAGAACGGCUUCCUGGAGUUGAUGAAUGCUCACGGUAUGAAUUUCUGGAUAAGAGAAAUUACUCAUCAAAAGCAUAUACGGUUGGAAGUGGUCUUCUCCUGGCUAAAAGGAAGAGUCAAGUAGGAGAUUUGGAAGGAGAGGGCUUAGAUGGUUUAUUCAGACAGUAUAAAAGACCCAGGAGGGAGGGUGUGGUUGAUCAUGAAAUAGAUCAUCACCAUCCUCCUGGCAAACCUCUGAGCUCUAGGCUUCCUGCAGAGUUGAUUGGUGAUGUUCUUCAGGUAUUUGAGUUGCUAAGUCGGUUCUAUGAUAUUCUGGGUCUGAAGGAACCAUUGUCAUUUGAUGAAUUUGAGGAGGAGCUUGUAAAUCCGUGGUUUGACAGCUCAAAUUUCCUUGAUAAGUUUGAAAAAGAAAUUCAGGAAACCAGAGAUCCAAACAUACAUACAGGUGGCAAUACCUUGUUCCCAAGUACUGAACCUGAGGGUACUGUACCUGGGGAAAAUCCACAUGCAUUCAUUAAAGUGGAAACUGAAUCAAUGAAGGAAGCAGCCCAAGCUAGGCUUGCAUCUCAAACUUACAAUAGAUGCACUGGUGUUGCUUUGACAAAGGCUCAUAGCACUCUGCUAAAAGUGCUAAUUGGUGAGCUUCAGUCCAGAGUUGCAGCAAUUGUUGAUCCAAAUUUUGAUGCUGGAGAAUCAAAAUCUAGAAGGGGGAGAAAGAAAGAUGCUGACAAUUCAAUUCUGGUGAAAAAAACAAAGCUUGAUAUGCUCCCAGUUAACGAAUUGACUUGGCCAGAAUUAGCUAGGAGAUAUAUUUUAUCCGUCUCUUCCAUGGAUGCCAACCUUGAUUCUGCAGAGAUUACCAACCGUGAGGGGGGGAAAAUUUUUCGGUGCUUGCAUGGUGAUGGUGGAAUGCUUUGUGGCUCACUUACUGGAGUGGCUGGAAUGGAAGCAGAUGCUUUGCUGCUUGCAGAGGCUACAAAACAAAUAUGUGGUUCUGUGAUGGGAGAUAAUGAGGUUUGGAAUACAGACAAGGAUCCUGAUGCAAUUGGUUCAUCUGAAACAGUGGUGAAUGACAAUAACAUCCCUGAGUGGGCACAACUGCUGGAACCUGUCAGAAAGUUGCCAACAAAUGUGGGAACCAGGAUUAGAAAGUGUAUAUAUGAUGCCUUGGAGAAAGGUCCACCUGAAUGGGCAAAAAAAAUAUUGGAGCAUUCAAUCAGUAAGGAAGUUUAUAAGGGCAAUGCAUCCGGACCUACCAAGAAAGCUGUUCUCUCGGUACUAGCAAAUGUGUGUGGUGAAAAUCUGCAUCAGAAGCCUGACAAGGGAAGAAAAAGGAAGAAUAUUAACACCGUUUCAGAUAUUAUUAUGAAACAAUGUCGUAGUGUGCUACGUCGUGCUGUUGCUGCAGAUGAUGAAAGAGUUUUCUGUAAUUUGCUGGGAACAACACUGUUGAACUCUAAUGAUAAUGAGGAUGAUGGUAUUCUUGGAUCACCUGCCAUGGUAUCUCGCCCUUUGGAUUUUAGAACCAUUGACCUACGACUGGCUGCUGGUGCCUAUGGUGGAUCACAUGAAGCUUUUGUUGAGGAUGUUCGUGAGGUCUGGCAUAACAUACGGACUGCAUAUGGGGACCGGCCUGACUUAAUGCAGUUGGCUGAAACAUUGUCCCAAAAUUUUGAAUCAUUGUAUGAAACAGAGGUUCUCUCCCUUGUCCAGAAGUUUGUAGAAAUUGCAAAUCAAGAAAGUUUGAGUACAGGAGGAGGAAAGGAACUGGAUGAUGUUCUUGCAUCUGUGAAUGAGAUUCCAAAAGCUCCUUGGGAUGAUGGUGUCUGUAAAGUCUGUGGCAUUGACAAGGAUGAUGACAGUGUCCUGCUAUGUGAUACUUGUGACUCAGAGUACCAUACUUACUGCUUAAAUCCUCCACUUGCAAGGAUUCCUGAAGGAAACUGGUAUUGUCCUUCUUGUAUUUCUAAUCAAUGUAAGACCCUAGAUACAUCACAACAUACCCAGAUCAUUAGCCGGUGGCGACAAAAGAGAUAUCAAAGUGAGGAAACCCGCCUUUUUUCAGAGGCAUUGGUUCAUUUAGCAGCUUCAAUGGAAGAAAAAGAGUACUGGGAGUUCAGUGUGGAGGAGAGGGUUUUCUUGCUAAAAUUUUUAUGUGAUGAGGUGCUGAAUUCAGCUGUUGUACGUGAACAUCUUGAGCAAUGUGCUGAUAUGUCAGUAGAUCUGCAGCAGAAAUUGAGAUCUCUUGCUGUAGAAUGGAGAAAUAUUAAGUUCAGAGAAGAAAUUCUGGCUGCCCAAGCUGUAAAAGAAAACAUGAACACACGUAGUGGAGUUGGAGAACCUGGAACGGAAGAAGGGAUAGGCACUGUGCUUGCAAACCAUGGUCAAGGGAAUGGUUUGGGUAACAGAUCCAAUUACAAUACAGCUUUCUCUGGAAAUUCACUUCAGCUAGAAGAUCGUCCUGAGGGGAGUAGACAAAACGAUAUUAAUAAGCCCCCAGGUUGGUUUUAUUCAAAGAGCAUUACAGAGAAAAAGUGUAGUGAUAUUAGAAUUAUAAAGGUUAAACCUGGAGAUACUGGAAGCCACAUCAAAGAUUUCCAUUAUGCCAUGAGUAACAAUCUACAAGGAAAUCCUUUUCCCAGCAUGGUUUCUACUAGAGGAGAUGAACCAAACUUACAAACUAAGCAGCCUCUGUCAACUUGUCAACAACAAGAAACCAAUAACUUGGGUAAAAUGAAUGGUAUUAGUAAUAUGAAUGGAAAGCAUGAGCUGGACACUGAAAGGAAUGGUCAUAUGCUGCCUGUUCCUGAAGUUCUACAAGGAUCUAGUUUUUUAUCUGAUACCAGGAGAAGUCACACGGCUGAACAUUUUCCGAUGCCUGUGAGCUCAGGUGGUACACUUCCUGGCCAUCACUGUAGCAUCCAACCUGAUCCUGAAGAGUCACAAACAUGCAACCUUGAACUGAACUCCCUGAAGAAUGAGAUUUCACUUUUGCAGGACUCCAUUGCCAGUGUAGAAUCACAGUUUCUCAAGGUAUCCAUGCGAAGAGAUUUUUUGGGAAGGGACUCUGCUGGGCGACUCUAUUGGGUUUUAGCAAGGCCUGGUCGACGUCCUUGGUUGGUUGUUGAUGGGAGUGCUGUGGUGCAACAGAAACAAAGAAAAAUGGAAGAACAGUGGGAUUCAUUUGCAAAGAGUUCAACUUUGCGGAAUAAUGUUCCAUACCAAGAUAGUCACCUGAGUUCAAGAGGCACUAAUGGUUCCUGUCCACAUGCAUAUGAACUUAAUGACUUAUUUCACUAUUCCUCUUCCUGGUUUGCCUAUGAAUCUGAUGCUGAAAUUCAGGAACUUAUUGGGUGGUUAAAAGCCAGUGAUCCAAGAGAGAAAGAACUGAAAGAAUCUAUUUUGCAGUGGCAGAGACUAAGGCCUCAAGACUCUCAUCAGUCUGGAAAUCCUAUUCAGAAUGACUCUCAAACUACUCCACCAAAGUCCUUAGAUAGUGAAAAAGCAGCGGCUGUUGAUUGUCUUUUUACCAGGGCUCUUACAUUGCUGGAGAAGAAGUAUGGUCCUUGCCUGGAGCCAGAAACCACUGACAUCCCUAAGAAGCGGGGAAGGAAGGCAAAAGUAGCUUAUGAGGAAAGAAUGUACAGAUGCGAGUGCCUAGAACCUGUAUGGCCUUCUAGACAUCAUUGCCUUCUGUGCCACCAGACUUUUUGCACUAUUGUGGAACUUGAGGGGCAUAAUGACGGAAAAUGCAGUUUGGUAUCAUCUGCCCCUGACAGCAACAAGGAAAAUGAUGAUCUCUUCAAGGGGAAGGGGAUUACAUGGCUGGGUUGCAAUGAGGAAGUGGAUGUUACUGAUCCGUCAAAGAUUAGGAAGUUUGAAAUCAAUUCUAGGCUUAUUAAAUUUCAAAGAAAGGGGGUAGCAUGCCCAUUUGACAUCGAUGACAUCAGUAGAAAGUUUGUCACUACAAACUCUAACAAGGAUUUGGUGCAAGAAAUAGGACUCAUUAGUUCAAAUGGUGUUCCUUCAUUUGUCCCAUCUUCAUCUUCUUAUCUCAGUGAUCCCGCACUAGUGUUAGUCCCUACUCAAAAGGAUGAAGCUGAUCUGGAAGCUGGGCCUGCAGAAAAACAGCAACUGUUUUCAUUUCAAGAGAACAACAUUGCAGCUGAUAUGAACCAUAAUGGGAUUGUCCACAACUCACCAAAAAGAUGUGCUGCUACCGGCAGCAAUGAGGAGCUUCUAAAAACAGAUGGAUCCAUAUCCAAAUGUACUGAUGAUAGAGGUACUCAAUCUUGUUUAAAUAAUAGAACUCUAGACCCUGAGACUGGUCACUGCUGCAUAGUUCCUGAGUCCUCACUGAGGCCGCUGGUGGGAAAAGUUUCUCAAAUUUUAAGGCGCCUUAAGAUCAACUUACUUGACAUGGAUGCUGCUCUCCCUGAAGAGGCUCUCAGACCAUCGAAGGGGCACCUGACAAAGCGAUGUGCCUGGCGUGCAUAUGUUAAAUCUGCAGAGUCCAUAUUUGAGAUAGUUCAAGCAACUAUUGUAUUUGAGGACAUGAUCAAGACAGAGUACUUGAAGAAUGGUUGGUGGUACUGGUCAUCACUAUCUGCUGCAGUCAAAACCUCAACUCUUUCCUCCCUUGCUCUCCGCAUAUACACACUUGACUCUGCCAUUGUGUACCAGAAGGCUCCAUCCAAUUUGGAUCCAACAGACAUUCCUAAGCCAAGCAGCAAACCAGGCAAGAAAAGGAAGGAUAUGGAUGGUUGAUCCCAAAGCAUGCACCUCCUGUUCAUGGGGAAUCUGUCUUAUUCCUUGUGGCAAUGUGAGGCAGCAGAAGGCCCUGCCUGGUACGAUGUAAAGGAAUUCUCCUAGUGCUGGGUCAAAUGGGUAUCGAGGAUAAAGACUGAAGAAAGGAAUUUUCUUACACUGCUGCCUCAUGUUUGUACAUAAAGAGCAAACGGCUAACAAACUAACAUGGAUGCUGGAUCAGAGUUCAUUGAAGUGAUUCCCAUGGGGGAGUUCAGAAGCUGAGGGAAGACGAUGCAUGGGAAUGCUUCUCAUUUUGAAUCGGCUGCCACCACAAAGCCGAGAAUGGUCACUCGGAGGGAAAUGGGAAGAUUUUUUUCCACAAGAACCAGAUCCACGUCCACAUAGGAAGGGAACCAAUGUAAAAAAAGGGGAAAAAGAUGAAGCUGAGCAAGUGCAGUCAAUAUAUUUCAUUCUUUAUAUAUGUUUUGCUCUUACCUCUGGUUUAUUCUUUACCCCCUCA